AUGGAGUCCACGAGAGAGCGAGUAGACGGUAGCGAAGACGCUAACCACUAUGGUGUUUCUAAUAACACGGCCUUGGUGAGGCUGGAUCCUGACUCUAUGCUACGGAAUGUACAAGUGCGUUUCGAGGAAGCCUUCCGAGAGGGCGGUAGUGGCAGUAGCAUUUACACGUGGACAGGCUCGGUGCUCCUGGCCAUUAACCCCUACCAGCACAUGAACGUUUAUGAUGUUGAAUACGUUAGAUACCACUACUCUAAGAAUUUAAAUCAGGCGGACCCGCACCCCUUCGCCAUCGCCAGUCAUGCGUACCGGCAGCUGUCGAAGACGAGGAUGUCCCAGUCCAUUAUCAUCAGUGGGGAGUCGGGUGCUGGGAAGACUGAGUCGAGCAAUCUCACAAAUGGAACCGUUGCCACUCGCACCAGGCACGUCAUGCGCUUCUUGACGAUGCUGGAUGAGACGUUCAUCAAGAAUGGCGUCAGCUCGCGCUCCAACCGAGAUGGCAGUAGUGGGAGAAGUACGCUAGAUGACAGGAUAUUAGGGACCAACCCGAUUUUGGAGGCCUUUGGCAACGCGAAGACGGUACGAAAUGAUAACUCGUCUCGGUUCGGGAAGCUGAUGAAGUUGAACUACACAUUACCCUCGCCGACUACUGCCCACAAUGCCGCAAAGCCCGUCAUAAAGUCGGCAUCAAUAGACACGUACCUGUUGGCACGAAGCAGAGUGACACAUACCGGCAGCACCCAUGAGAGGAGCUACCACAUAUUCUACCUCUUAUGUGCUGGCGUGCGGGACGAGGAGAAGCGGAGGCAGCUAAGGCUCGAAGCAAGUGCCGCCGACUACAGCUACUUGACGCCCUGUAAAGGGAAAGGCCCGGCAAAGGUGCGGGAUAUGGACGAUGCUGUGGCCUUCGACGAGGUCGUUGGAGCUUUCACCAAGUUGGGCGUAUCCGAGGCUGAGCAGAUGGAGAUCUUCUCUGUGGUCAGUGCUGUGAUGAAGCUGGGGAACAUAAGGCUCUAUCCAGACGAGGCCAACCCUGAGGGCAAGACCAGGACCGAUGAGGCGGGGAAGCGGGCUGCUGAGGAUGUGGCUGCUCUCCUCGGUCGGGCUCAAGGAGGGAUGGAGCAACUGUCGGAGCCCUUUAUCGAGCAUCUCACACGACAGCGCCUUGUUGUUGGCGGCAACAAAGACAUCACUUGGGCUGAUGUUGCGGCGAGCAAGGCGACCACUGUCCGGGACGGUAGUCGUCAGGCUUGUGGCAGUGAUCAUAAUCUAUCUCCUUCAGCUAUGGCAAAGUCGCUUUAUGUGAAAGUCUUCGACUAUGUCGUAGAGCUGCUCAAUGAGAAGCUACAAGGAGACUCCGCCGAGGAGGCAGAAAACGAGAGGAGCAUCUGUAUAUUAGACAUUUUUGGAUUUGAAAAUCUAGCUCGAAAUUCAUUGGAACAGUUAUGCAUUAAUUUCGCUAAUGAGAGACUCAACGAGUACUUCACUGAGAACGUGGUACUGUCGGAGAGGGAGGAGUAUCAUCAAGAGCAUAUCCCACUGCCCGACCUUGCUCCACCAGACAAUAGGCCCACCAUUAAUGUGAUUGGCAGCCUGAGUCCGCCUGGCAUAUUCGAGCAGCUGCGGGUGGUCACUGUGGACUAUAUGAUCCGACCUCUCGACAAGGACUACGAUGAUAUCUUCAUGUCCCGUCUUGCCCCUGUGGCGGCGAUUAAUUGGCGCAAAGAUGAGAGUACAGGCGGGCGGACACAGCAGCGAGUUCUCAAGUGUGUCGGGCCGCAGCAUCCACGGCUGUUCAUAGUGAAUCACUAUGCGGAGCCCGUCACUUAUAGCACUGAGGGGUUCAUUGAGAAAAAUAAGGACUGUGACCGGAACGUUACGGACUUGCUGUCUCUGUCGACGAAUGACUUUAUUCAGAAGCUCAUCAGUGGUAAGAACUGCACUACUACUGCGGCAACUAGGGGAACCUCCUGUAGGCUCAACGAAGGCGGUAGAGACGGACUCAGAUGGAGAGGCCUGGCCGGAGUUUGCCUCUGGGCGUAUGUCGGUCCAGCCUUCCUCAAGGAUGAGCGUAAGGUCUCUCGCUAG